AUGUAAUAUAGGCCAAACAAGCCUCCACAAUCAGUUAAGAACCAAAUGGGAUCAUUCUUUCCAAAAUAACCUUUUUCUCCUACAAAGUCACAUGGCGAACACUUUGUGUCAGAAAAUCCAACACCUCAUUAUAAAAAGUCGUCGUAACCUUAUCCAUCCAGAUAAACAUCUUUUAAUAUUUCAAGUGGGGAAAGCUUGGAAUAACAUCAUAAAAAGAGGCAGAACUCGAAUUUUAGUCAAGAAAAGAAGGCUCAAAAUCUACUGUUUAAUAUUUUGUUCAAUAACACAAAGCCUAAUGAUAGUUUUUGCAAAGUCACGUAGAUGUUUAUUAUCAUGAUAGGAAGAAGUAGACGAGACAAAAGCCAAUCAAUAACUCAAUACAGAAGUGGUACCUUCCCAAUCAGCAGAAACUCUCUUUAACAGGACAGAAGAAACAAUCAAACAUAAAUAACAGUAUGGAUGGAUAGCAAACAAUGGAUUUGAGUUUUGAGAACAAUGUCAUUAAAGGUUAUUAGGAUCAUAGCGGAUUUUAGAGUGAUACCACCAAGCCUUUGGAUGAUUAUAAUCCAAGAGCCAUUAAAUUCUUAGAGAAGGGGAAAUAAUUAUUAAGAGAAAAGCAAAUUGAAGAGGCUAUCGAGUAUCAAAUUAAAUAAAUUUAGACAAUUAAAAAAAUGUAUAGAAACCGAUUUCAGAAUAUUGGAAGGACAUUACUUUUUGGGAAUUGGUUAUCUCGGAAAACAACUCUAUUAAAAAGCAAUUGCAGAGUUUUAAUAUGUAGUUUAAUAGGAUGCCACACAUAGAAAGAAUAUCUAUUUGCUAUUAGCAAUAUCUCAUAAAAAGAUUAAUGAAUUGGAUUCAGCAAUCACCAUUCUAAAUAAAGUCAUUUAGUUAUUCUCGAGAUAUUAUGAUGCCUACAUUUACAGAGGUAAACUCUUCACAAAACUCAAUUAAAUUGACAAGGCUGAAUCAGAUUUUAAUAUGGCAAUUUAACUAAGUCCUCAAAAAGGAUUAGGAUAUUUGGGUAAGGCUGAUUGUUUGAGGAUCCAAAAUUAAUAUAAGGAAGCCAUAUCCUAUUAUUAAAAAGCCAUUAAUUGUGAGUAAGCAGUUGGCAAUGCUGCAUUACUAAAGAAAGCCAUAACACUUUAUGAGAGUUAAUAAUUCGAUGAAUGUGCUAAAGAUUUGAGUAAACUUAUAGAAACUGAUCCCAUCAACUCUGAAGCUUAUUAUUUUAAAGGAUUAUGUAAAUUAAAAACAAGUACUUAAAAUACACAUUCUAGAGAAUCCUACUGAAGCCCUAUUAUGUUUCGAGUAAGCUAUCAAGCAUAACAACUCUAAAAAAGCUGUCACUAAAUCACUGUAUGAAAUAGCCAAGAUGAAAAUUGAAUAAAGAGAUUUUUAUGCAGCAUUCCACACUUUGAAUAGAUCAGCCUUGUUAGAUACCGAAAAAAGCUACUUGGAGAAAUUUCGACUAUUCACUGAAGUAAUAAUACAUGAAUUGAUCAUAGGCUGUCAUUCAUUUAAUGAAACGAAAGUUCUUAGAGAGUUUAAACAACUUCCAGGAAAUUUAGAAUCAUCAUUAAUUAAAUGAUUUUCUGAAACCUUUGUUUUAUGCUUAUAGAGCUUAUGGCCAUUUUUGUCUGUCCAAACAUCAAAAGGCUUUGGAGGAUUAUAAAUAUUUAUUAGAAAUUCAACCAGCAGAAUCUAGUAUUCAUUAUAAUAAGUUCUUGUGUGAAGGAGUCUUAAAGAUUUAAGCUGGGUAAUUUAAUGCCGGCAUGGAAUUCUUUUAAAGGGCGUAAAAGAUAUUCUAAAAAAAAAUGGAACCUACUUUCUAUUAAGGAGUAACACUAAUUAAUUAAGCAUUCAAAAAAAAAAGUGAUUAAUACAAAGAUAUUAUAAAGGGAUUGGAAUUGCUAGAUAAGGCUCAAAGUUUGAAUGACUAAAAUGCCAAUUUAUAUUAUGUUAGAUCCAUUGUAAAAUGCUUUUUGGGACAAGUCAACGAGGCCUUAGUGGACAUUGAAAGUGCUAUACAAAAAUCAGAAGACAAUGUGGCUAAGUACUUUUAUUUUAGGGGAAUGGUGUACGGAAUUCUAAAAGAAUAUUAACAUUCUCUAAAUGAUUUUAGUAUCUGUUUAACAUUGGACGAAAAUUAUGCUGAUGCAUAUUUAAAUAGAGCGAAAUGUCAUUUUUUAAGUGGAGAUUCGAACUCUGCCUUCUAGGAUUUACAAUAAUGUAUUCAUAUAUUAUAGGAUGAUCCAAGAAUGCAUAUGUGGGCUGGCAAUUUCUUAUUUGCAAAUGCUGCUAUUGAAGAUGCAAUUAAAGCCUACUCUAAUAAUAAAGAUUUCAAAAAUAAUCCCAAAUUAUUACAAUUGAGAUCAGAAUGCUAUUUGAUUUUAAGUGACUUAAGUCUUUGCUAGGAGGAUGUCACUCGACUCUUCAAAUUGACUAAGAAUUAAGCUGCUGAAUUUGAUAAAGAUAUUUUAUCAGCUUUAAGACUGGUCUUUAAGGAUGAUCAACAAAUUUAUUUCAAUGAGGAAAGUGAAAGUGAACAAAUGGAAUUUAAAACUAAUUUAAGUAAAGCCGUGAAUAAUUUAACAUAAUUAACCAGAGGAAAGGGGAGGUUAUUUUAGUAAUUCCAUGUUUAUAUUUUUCGAGGAGCCUUUUACUUUCAUUUGGAGAAAUAUGAAGAAGCAUUAAAGGAUUUCUAAAUGGCCAAAAGUCAAAAGGAACUUUAAAUAAAUGAAAAACGACUCAAACAAAGAGGAAGCUAAACAGAUUUAUUUAAUGAUGAGGAAUAGUUUGAACUAACUGAAGACGAGGAAGAUGCUGAUUUGUUGGAGAUCUUAGAGAUUAAAUUUAAUGAACUAAUUUGCUUAGUUAUUUUGAAAUAAUUUAAAAAAGCUAAAGAGAUAUGUAAACAAUUAAUCGAGAACAUAAAUGAAGCUAAAUAGGAAGGAUUAUAAAUUCUAUUGAUGCACAUAGAAUAAAUCUUAAUGAAGGAUUAACACCCAAUUGAUUAUCAGAGAGUGAUCUGUCUGUACGAUGAGCCUAAAGAAAAUAUUAUUUGUUUCUAAGUGCCCAUUGUAUUUAUAGACGGAUUAAAAAUUAGAUUAUCAUUUAGCUUGCCAAAGUUAUCUCCUCCAUCAUUAUCAAUCAUAUUUGAUAAAUAGUUAAUUAAAAAUAUUGGGGUAAUCCAUUAUUCUCUAUUUUUUAGCCUUUGUCUGUUGAAAAUAAGCCCGAAGCUCCAUGGAUCAGAAGGGAACAGCAAGACGAUAUGAUUAUAUUCACUGAUAAUGUCUAAUUAAUAGAUGAUAUAAGAUUGGAAACAGAAAUAGAGGACGACCAUCAGCAAUAAACAUAGGCACAAGUGUAAGCAGUGGAAAUUACUCAAAUAAAAAAUAAUUUAAUGUUGGAUAAGGAUAUUGAAGAAAAAUUGUAACGAUUUUUUUAGAAUAAACAACAAAAAUGA